UAUACAACACGUGGUCGACAUCGAUGAAGAUGAAUUAAACAUUGAAUUAGGUCUCGAUUUCAAUGAUUAUUAUGAUACGGAUUAUGACGACGACGACGAAGAAGAAGAAGAAGAAGACUAUGAAGAAGAUUAUGAAGAUGAAGAUGAAAUCAUUCAACAACUUCCAACAGUUGAUGUAAAUCAAUGCCCUGCUGCUUAA